AUGGUAGACUCAACGCCCCCCAAGGCGAGCUCCAGUGUCAUUGAAAAGCUCAAGAAAGUCUUUGGAUAUUUCACGAUCUAUGUCCAAGUCAACCCGACCAAAUUCGAUAUCUUGCUUCUCGUCACUGGUUUGGUCUUUGCUGUCGCCUCCGGUGUCCCUUUCCCUCUCCUGGGUAUUAUCUUCGGUCAACUGAUCGAUGACUUUAACUCGGAAAGCUGCACAGCCAAAACAAACUACAGCCCACAAGUCCAGGCCGAGUACCAAUCCGAAGUCAACAGCAAAAUUCUCUAUGUUCUCUACCUCGCUAUUGCACAGUUUGGAUUCAUGUACAUCCAAUUGGUGUGCUGGUCCCUCGGUGGCGCUCGGCUGGCCCAGCGUCUGCGCGAACAGUACUUCCGGAGUCUCUUGCGCCAGGAACCCUCCUUUUUCGAUCAUCUACCCUCAGGAGAAGUCUCCUCGCGGCUGAAUGGUGACAUUUCAACAAUUCGCUCAGGGACCUCCGAGAAAGUUGGAAUCUGUAUUUCCAGUGUUUCAUUCUUCGUCACCUCGUAUGUUGUGGCCUUCAUUAAAGAUGCCAAGUUGGCAGGAAUCCUUGUCUCACUAGUGCCUGCAUACUUUGUCAUGUCACUUGUGGGUGGCUGGUUUAUUGAAAAAUAUUCGGGUACCAUGUCUGAUUGCUUUGCGGCUGCCUCUUCCGUUGCCUCCGAGGGACUGUCUAAUAUUUCGGUCGUGCACGCAUUCAAUGCCAAUGAACGCCUUGAAAGCAAGUUCGAGGGCCAUCUACGCCUGGCACGGAAUGAGGGUUUGAAGAAAGCUUUUGCAACAGGUGUGCAAGCUGGAUUCAUGUAUUUCAUUGCAUACGCGGCAAAUGCCCUGGCCUUUUGGCAAGGAAGUCGGACUAUUGCCAAUUCAGUGGCCAAAAAUUCGGGUGGUGGCACAUCCGUAGGAUCGAUCUUUACCGUGAUCUUUGUUCUGGUUGACGCAACUCUUGUUCUCAGCCAGGUUGCACCGUUCUUGCAAAUUUUUGGUGCUGCUUCGGCCGCUUUCACGAAACUGAAGAAGGACAUGAAUCACGAAUCGCAAAUUGACGGCAUGUCUGAUACUGGUCUCUCCCUGCCUUCAACCACCGCCGGAAACUUUGAACUCCGAAAUGUGGGCUUCACCUAUGCUUCUCGCCCGGAGCAGCCAGUCCUCCGUAACGUGUCUUUGGAAUGUCCAGCGGGAAAGCAGACCGCUAUCAUUGGACUGUCUGGUAGUGGAAAGUCUACCGUUGCCAGUCUGAUGCUUCGACUGUAUGAUCCAACUGAAGGAUCUAUUUUGUUGGAUGGCCAAGAUGUGCGUGAGCUUAAUACACGACAGCUUCGUAGCUGUAUUGGAAUGGUUCAGCAAGAAGCGACACUGCUUGAUCGAUCAAUUUUGGAGAACAUCGCCCAUGGAUUGGUCAACUCGGCAUCUCCAGAGCACGAAGCCCUUCAUGCUGUAUUGAUUGGGCCCAAACUUGGGGAAACGGCUACUGCAAUUCGUGGUGGUCAGUCUGCGAGCGAAGCUGCUUUGGUCCACGGGCCCGAUGUGGUAAAAAUCGUCGAGAUGGUUCAACAUGCAGCCAAUCUUGCGGAUGCCGCACGAUUCAUUGAUGGACUUUCAGAAGGACUCGGUACCGUUGUUGGUUCGAAUGGUACCCUACUGAGCGGUGGUCAAAAGCAAAGAAUUGCCGUUGCCCGGGCAUUGGUAAAAGAUCCCAAAGUCUUGAUUCUUGACGAAGCCACGGCCUCCCUCGAUUCUCGGAGUGAGAAGGAGAUUCUUGAAGCUGUCGGACGCUGCUCCGAAGGAAGGACGAUGAUAUCGAUCGCGCAUCGUCUUUCAACAAUCAAGAACGCCGACAAGAUUAUUGUGAUGCGUGAUGGAGAACUCGUCGAAGAAGGAAACCAUGCUGAAUUGAUGGCCAAGGAAGGGGCUUACUGUGGUCUCGUCAAACUGCAAAACCUGAACACUAACUCGCCGGACACCAAAGUUGACAGCCACUCGAGUGAUAUUACCGAAACAGAACCACGCAAGGAGCAUGAAGACACGAUCGAAACGUCUAAGAGUAAGGACAUUGUCUCCAUCAAAACCACCGAACAGCUCCCCGAAUUGUCUCCCCGUUCGAAGCAUCCCCAGAAACCAUCUAAGAAGUCCCUUUGGCACCUGAGCAAGGGGAUGUUACCGAUCAUGCGUCCAUAUCUCCUCCUUUCUCUGAUUGCUCUCGUCGGUGCUAGUAUCGUCGGUGCUGCCUUUUCCGCUGAAGCCGUGAUCUUUGGUAACACCGUGGGCAGCCUCACUCCCUGCGAGACACCUGAUUAUAUUCGCUCCCGGGGUAACUUCUUCGGCUUGAUGUUUUUCAUUCUUGCAAUCAUCGAAUUCUUUGCCAAUGUUGUCAGUUGGGUAGGAUUCGGCUGGGUGUCGGAGAAAUCCAUUUAUAACGUACGGGUAUUGUUAUUCCGUUCAUUGUUUGAGCAGGACCUGCAAUGGCAUCAAUCCGAUGAUCGCAACCCUACCGGCUUGCUGGGAUAUAUCACGAACGAUGGGAAUCUGAUUGCAGGCCUCAGCGGCUCAGUCAUUGGUACGAUCUUCUCAAUUUGUAUCAACCUCGUCGUCGCGGUCGUGAUGUCUCUUUGCAUUGCCUGGAAGAUUGCUCUUGUAUGUAUCGCUGUUGUGCCACUCCUGUUAGGUACGGGUGUUAUGCAACUACGAGUCCUUGGCCAAUUUGAGGAGCGCCACGAAAAUGCCUUCAAUCAAUCUGUCAGUAUCAGUGUUGAGGCUAUUAACUCUAUCAAGACCAUUGCCUCGCUGUCUCUGGAAGAAGAGACUCUAGCUGCUUUCCGGAGGACUCUUCGUGGUCCCCGUCGAGAGACCACUGCGAUCAGCCUCCAUGCCAAUCUCUGGUUAGGGCUUGCCUAUUUCCUUGGUAAUUUGUCUUAUGCUUUGGCUUUCUGGUGGGGGUCUAAGCAGAUCUUCAACGGGACCUACAGCGAGACUCAAUUCAUUAUUGUCAUGUUCGCCUUGCUUGUCAGCGCCCAGCUCUGGAGUCAAAUGUUUGCACUUGCUCCAGAAGUAUCCAACGCACGAGCUGCAGUCGCACGAGUUCUGUCUAUUUUGGAAAUUGGAUCAUCAGGCGCAAAAUACCAACCUCAUACCCUUCCCGAGCUCUUGACGGAGAAAGACGUCGAAGCCACGGGGAAAACCCAGUCAUUCACCCCCGAGGCACAGGGCGGAGUAGAUGUCGAAUUCCGAGACGUCAAAUUCUCCUACCCGGCACGCGCGCAUGCCCCUGUCCUUCGCGGUCUCAAUGUGCACGUUCGACCAGGCCAGUUCUGUGCACUAGUCGGGCCAUCAGGCGCUGGUAAAUCCACGAUAAUUUCUCUGGUAGAGCGCAUGUACCUCCCCACCUCAGGCGAGAUCCUCGUGGACGGAACAGACAUCACGAAGCGAGACGACAUCUCUUUCAGAGACCACAUCGCCCUUGUUCCACAGGAAGGAGUUCUCUUUGAAGGUACAGUGCGCUUCAAUGUAUCCUUAGGUGCACGCCCCAACACAGAGGUAUCAGACGAAGAGAUUAUCGAGGCCUGCAAGCUAGCCAACAUCCACGAUACCAUCGUCAACCUCCCACAGGGCUAUGAUACACCAUGUGGAGCAAAUGGAAGCAAGCUUUCAGGUGGACAGAAGCAGCGGCUUGCUAUUGCACGAGCUCUCGUGCGCAAGCCUAGACUACUUAUUCUCGAUGAGCCUACUAGUGCCCUCGAUGCAGAGUCUGAGAAACUCUUGCAGGAGGGACUAGAGGUUGCAUCGAAGGGCAUUAGUGUUUUGGCUAUUGCGCACAGGCUGCAUACAAUUCGCAAGGCUGAUACAAUUUACCUUAUUGAAGCUGGCUUGUGUGUUGAUGCUGGUACUCAUGAAGAGCUGUUUACUCGCUCUGGGAGCUAUCGUACCAACGUUCUCAGCCAGACUUUUGGCGGUGAUUAA